AUGAGUACCGCUCCCGUUAUGAUUAUGACCGCCGGCAGAGAAGGAGAAGAUGCAAUAACUAAAUCGAGUACUUUCAAUAAAAUUGAUAAAACCGGCAUGACCGAAGUUAAUCCAGACAGCUCAAUAAAUGACCGAAUGGAGGCAAUCCACCAAAAUAAAAUAGCCGAAAAUUACAACGUGAAAAAUCCAUACAAUAAUGAUCCUCCAUCAAGCAAACAUCAAUUGCUGAAGGUUAAAACCGAACAGUUACCAAAACCAGAAGAAACGAAGCAAAAGUACGUGUUCAAAAAUUACGCGAACCGUAGCUCGAUGUAUGGUGGCUUUUAUAGCGCCAUGGAUGAAGAGUAA